AAACACCUGAACGUGCUGUUAGCGAAAUGAAACUGUUGGCUUUGAUUUUUGGAUUGAUUCCAUUGUAUUUGACUGCAGUAAAAUCUGCAACCUUGUCCGUGAAAGACGAAUUGUUUCCUUUGGCAAUUAUCCACAUCAACGAUUUUCACGCUCGUUUUGAAGAAACAAAUACGUUAUCAAAUACAUGCAAGGCAGGUGAAAAAUGUAUUGGAGGGUAUGCAAGAACGGUAACCGUUGUAAAACAAUUGAAAGAAAAGCACAAAGAUCACAACCCGAUAUACUUGAAUGCUGGCGAUAAUUUCCAAGGUACAUUGUGGUACAAUUUCCUGCGAUGGAAUGUUACAAGUCAUUUUUUGAACUUAUUACAAGCAGACGUCAUGACGAUAGGAAAUCAUGAAUUCGAUCAUGGUAUAGAAGGAGUCGUACCUUUUUUGAAAGAAAUCAAGUCUCCUAUGGUUGUUGCAAAUAUUGAUUCUUCGGAUGAACCCACGUUCGCUGGAAAUUAUAACCAUACACUUGUACUUAACAAAGGUGGUCGGAGAAUCGGAGUCAUUGGAGUUGUUCUACAUACCUAUAAUAUAUUAGCAAAGACAGAAAAUCUUAAAUUUUUGGAUGAGGUUACGACAGUGAAGGAAGAAGCACAAAAACUGCACGAUGAUGGUGUUGAUAUUAUUAUUGUGCUAUCUCAUUCCGGCAUUGAAAUGGACCGCAAAAUUGCAAAGGAAGCAGGGCCUUACAUUGACGUGAUUGUAGGUGGUCAUUCGCAUACAUUUUUAUAUAGUGGACCUCCACCAGGUGAAGAUACACCAGCCGACGUUUACCCGGUCAUUGAGGAACAAGAAAGUGGCCGCAAAGUUUAUAUAGUUCAGGCUUCAGCAUAUACGAAAUAUGUAGGAGAACUGACUCUUUAUUUUGAUUCUGAAGGAAACGUAAAAAAAACAGAGGGAAAUCCAAUUUACUUAUCGAAUGAUAUUGUACCAGAUCCGGAAAUGAUUGAGGAACUAAAACCAUGGAAAGAAGCUGUCGAUGCUGUUGGAAAUAAAGUACAUGGUGAAUCAAAAGUCCUAUUGGAAAAACCUCCUUGUGUUAAAAGGGAAUGUAACAUAGGAAACUUUGUAACUGACUCUUUUGUAAAUCACUUUGUAGGCAAAGGUGAAAAAGAUGAAUGGACUUAUGUCUCCAUAGGACUUCAAAAUGCUGGGGGUAUUAGAACUAGUCUUUCAAAAGGAGAACUAACAUACUCUGACUUGAUUGCUGUUUUACCGUUUUCCAACGAAUUGGUCACCUUCGAAAUUCGUGGAGAUAAAUUAUUGCAAGCACUAGAGUAUAGUGUCGAACAAAAUGGGACUAGUCAAUCAAAUAUGUUGCAAGUUUCGGGUCUGAGAGUCGUGCUUAACAUGAAAAAUCCUGCAGGAGAGCGGGUUGAGUCAGUCAAUAUUCUAUGUAAUAAAUGUAAAAUACCUGCAUACGAGCCGUUGAGCUUGUUCAAAUAUUACCGUGUAGUGAUGCCGUCAUUUUUAGCUGAUGGUGGGGACGGCUUUAGCUGGUUCAAAGAUUUUGGAAUUGACAGAAAAUUGGGAGGUAUUGAUAUUGAUAUCUUUACAAAGUAUGUUGAAAAUGUGUCACCCAUAUUUGCUUCUACAGAAGGAAGGAUAAAAUUUUUAUAAAUAUAUUUUUCUGAACAACGUAAUAAAUCUUUCUUUAAAAAUGAA